AAAAACCGAAACGAUUACACUUCUCGAAUCUUCUUCUCUAUGCUCGAUAUCAAACAUGGCGAAUCAAGCUGAAUCAUCCGACUCGAAGGGGACGAAGAGGGAUUUUAGCACCGCGAUUCUGGAGAGAAAGAAGGCGGCGAAUCGUUUGGUUGUGGAUGAGGCGAUUAACGAUGAUAACUCCGUCGUUUCUCUUCACCCUGAAACCAUGGAGAAGCUACAGCUUUUUCGUGGUGAUACCGUUUUGAUUAAGGGAAAGAAGAGGAAGGAUACUGUGUGUAUUGCUUUAGCUGAUGAUACUUGUGAUGAACCAAAAAUUAGGAUGAACAAGGUUGUUAGGUCUAACCUCAGGGUUAGGCUUGGAGAUGUUAUCUCUGUUCAUCAAUGUCCUGAUGUCAAGUAUGGGAAGCGUGUUCACAUCUUGCCUAUAGAUGAUACCAUUGAAGGAGUUAGUGGCAAUAUAUUUGAUGCUUACCUUAAACCUUAUUUCUUGGAGGCAUACCGUCCGGUGAGGAAGGGUGAUCUUUUCUUGGUUAGAGGAGGGAUGAGAAGUAUUGAGUUUAAGGUUAUUGAGACCGAUCCUGCUGAGUACUGUGUGGUUGCACCAGAUACAGAAAUUUUCUGUGAGGGUGAACCGAUAAAGAGAGAGGAUGAGGAGAGGUUGGAUGACGUUGGGUAUGAUGAUGUUGGUGGUGUCAGGAAACAAAUGGCUCAGAUUCGGGAACUUGUUGAGCUCCCAUUGAGGCAUCCACAACUCUUCAAGUCCAUUGGUGUGAAACCUCCCAAAGGAAUCUUGCUAUAUGGUCCCCCUGGUUCUGGAAAGACACUGAUUGCCCGUGCUGUUGCUAAUGAGACUGGUGCAUUUUUCUUCUGUAUCAAUGGUCCCGAGAUCAUGUCGAAGCUAGCUGGUGAGAGUGAAAGCAAUCUCAGGAAAGCGUUUGAGGAAGCUGAGAAGAAUGCCCCCUCAAUCAUCUUUAUUGAUGAGCUCGAUUCGAUUGCUCCAAAAAGAGAAAAGACACACGGGGAAGUUGAAAGACGUAUUGUAUCACAGCUCUUGACACUUAUGGAUGGGCUUAAAUCCAGAGCCCAUGUCAUUGUUAUGGGAGCAACCAACCGUCCCAACAGCAUUGACCCCGCUUUGAGAAGGUUUGGACGAUUUGACAGAGAGAUUGAUAUUGGUGUUCCUGAUGAGAUUGGUCGUCUUGAAGUUCUCAGGAUUCACACCAAGAACAUGAAGCUUGCGGAAGAUGUUGAUUUGGAAAGAGUAUCCAAAGACACCCAUGGUUAUGUUGGUGCUGAUCUUGCAGCAUUAUGCACUGAAGCUGCUCUCCAAUGCAUCAGGGAGAAGAUGGACGUGAUUGACCUAGAUGACGAGGAGAUAGAUGCUGAAAUUCUCAAUUCUAUGGCUGUGACUAAUGAUCAUUUCCAGACUGCCCUUGGUAACAGCAAUCCUUCAGCUCUACGUGAGACGGUCGUUGAGGUGCCUAAUGUUUCUUGGGAGGACAUUGGUGGUCUUGAGAAUGUCAAGAGGGAGCUCCAAGAGACUGUUCAAUAUCCAGUGGAGCAUCCUGAGAAAUUCGAGAAGUUUGGGAUGUCACCGUCUAAAGGAGUCCUAUUCUAUGGUCCCCCUGGUUGUGGAAAGACUCUCUUGGCUAAGGCUAUUGCGAACGAGUGUCAAGCCAACUUCAUUAGUAUCAAAGGUCCUGAGCUCCUCACAAUGUGGUUUGGAGAGAGUGAAGCCAAUGUGAGAGAGAUAUUCGACAAGGCACGCCAGUCUGCUCCUUGUGUUCUUUUCUUUGAUGAGCUUGACUCCAUUGCCACUCAGAGAGGGAACAGUGUUGGAGAUGCUGGUGGUGCAGCAGAUAGAGUAUUGAACCAGCUUCUUACGGAGAUGGAUGGAAUGAAUGCUAAGAAGACGGUCUUCAUCAUCGGAGCUACAAACAGACCAGACAUCAUCGACCCUGCACUUCUGCGUCCUGGUCGUCUCGAUCAGCUCAUCUACAUUCCUCUUCCUGAUGAGGAGUCUCGUUACCAGAUCUUCAAGUCUUGCUUGAGGAAAUCGCCUGUAGCUAAAGAUGUUGACCUGAGGGCUCUUGCGAAGUACACCCAAGGCUUCAGCGGUGCAGACAUCACAGAGAUUUGCCAGCGUUCUUGCAAGUAUGCGAUCAGAGAAAACAUCGAGAAGGAUAUUGAGAAGGAGAGGAAGAGAGCAGAGUCGCCAGAAGCAAUGGAAGAGGACGAAGAGGAGAUUGCAGAGAUUAAAGCUGGUCACUUUGAGGAAUCCAUGAAAUAUGCUAGGAGAUCAGUGAGUGAUGCAGACAUUCGCAAGUAUCAGGCUUUUGCUCAGACUCUCCAGCAAUCACGUGGGUUUGGAAGCGAGUUCAGGUUUCCAGAUGCGCCGACAGGGACUGGAGCUGCUGCCACAGUUGGGGGAGUCGACCCGUUUGCCACAUCCGGAGGAGCAGCCGACGAUGAUGAUCUCUACAGUUGAAAGAUCUGAUCAGACCUUGUGACUACUCUCUUUAGUCUUUUUACUUUGUUCUGCUUGAAAAACUUUCGAUGGUCUUUGUUGUGUUUUAUUUAUGUCUUUUGUACAUAAUCGUUGUGUCAUGCUGAAAUAAAUGUAGUACAAUUGU